UUUUGUUUAUACCACUGUCGUAGAAGAACCAUUGCUGGAUUUUUUAAAGAAAUACAAUUUUAAUAAUCCGAUAAAAUGAAAAACAAAAAACUCCUAGCCCUUCUGGUUUUGGGAGGAACGAUGAGAUAUAUAUUAAUGUCAUCAAAAUAUUCGUCGGCUAUCAGUGGACGGGUUGAAAUUUCAACUCCCCUAAACUCUCAUAAAAGAGUUCAGGAAGGUGUUCAUCUGUACAAAAAUCAAAUUGAUCCCUAUCUAGGAGAUAUGGUUCAUGAAACGCCCCUCAUACUAAUUAGUCUAGCGUGGGCCUACUCCACCAUUCCGCAAUUAGUUCCUUGGAUCUAUAUUAUGAUUGAUCUCGCCGCAGCAUUUAUUCUUUUCAAAAUGAGCAAAGAAUUUAUACAUCAAAUGUUUUCCAAGCAAAGUAAAGAGAAAGGAGAAUAUGCGGAUGAAACUGAUGAAUUGCAUCUUAAAUAUCACGACACAAUAGACAUUCCAAAAUUUGUGUUUAUUGCUUAUUUAUUGAAUCCCUUUUCGAUACUUAACUGCGUCGCGCUUUCGUCGACUGUCUUCAGCAAUUUCUUUUUAGCAUCUAGCUUUUAUUUUAUGGCAAAGCAAAAUUUGUGGCCUUGCAUUGCAUUUUUGUCUCUGGAAACCUUAAGAAGUCUCUAUCCUGUUGUUUUUAUUGCACCAGUUUUACUUGUGUUUGGAAAAAGCUGCAAGAAAGACUAUGCCAGAGUCGCUGGGAGUUUCAUACUCACAUGUUUCGCAUUUUGCUAUAUUAGCUAUUCAAUCAUGGGAUCUUGGACCUUUAUUAAUGGAACUCUAGGAUUUGUGUUUUUCUGCCGUGAACUUCAGCCAAAUAUUGGAUUGUUUUGGUAUUUUUUCAUGGAAAUGUUCGAUCAUUUCCGCACUUUGUUCCUGAUCACUUUUCAAAUAAAUGCAACGAUUCUUUAUUUGAUUCCUUUGACAUUCAAGCUGCAUAAAGAUCCCUUGAUGCUUACGACAAUUCUUAUUUCGUUGACUUCAAUAUUCAGAUCAUAUCCGUGUCUAGGUGAUAUUGCAUUCUAUUUAGCCUUUCUUCCUUUAUGGCGGCGUUGUUGGAAGUUUAUGGCACACAACUUUGUUGUAUUUUGUUUCUUUUUGAUAACGUUGUUAAUCAUGCCUGCACUUUGGCAUCUAUGGAUGUACGCGGGAUCUGCCAAUGCAAAUUUCUAUUUUGGAGCAACCUUAGCAUUUUCCACUGGACAGAUAUUUCUAGUCACUGAUUUACUGUUUGCCUACGUAAAGCGCGAAUUUUGCCUCAAGUACGGACAGAAAGUGUUUAUCGAUGGUAAAGAAGCCAAAAUCAUCCUUGAGUAGUUUCUAAGGACCCUUACAGUAUAAUAGAAACUAUUUAAUAAGCAAUUGUAUAAGUGUUUCUUUUUUUAAUGGAUUAUCUUCUAUAACAAAACAACGAUAUUGUUUCAAAUAAAAUUAUUUAAUAUAAUUAUAAACAAAAGCAUCAAAAACAAA